GAAAGUUAAUAGGUAUUUGGUGAAGCUGGUUUUGGAAGAAGCUUGUUUGAAAGGCUAAGUUCAUUGGGUCACUCAAAGCUCAUGCUUAAAGUGCAAUACCGAAUGCAUCCAGCAAUAAGCCACUUCCCAAAUUUGAGUUUUUAUAAUAACCAAGUCAUGGACGCUCCAAAUGUGAGAAAUAAAACCCACGAGAGAGAAUACCUUCCUGGAAAAAUGUUUGGUCUGUAUUCUUUUAUAAGUCUCCCCAAUGGAAACGAAGAAUUGGAUAGUUUUGGCGGGAGUAGAAGAAAUAUGGUUGAGGUGGAUCUAGUAAUUAAGAUUGUGCAGAACUUGUUUGAAUCUUGGCAUAUCGAAAAGAAAAAUAAAGAGAAAACUAUGGGAAAUGAACUUAGCAUCGGUAUUAUAUCUCCCUAUACUGCUCAAGUAGUUGCCAUCAAAGAUAAGAUUGGCAGAAAGUAUGACAACCUUAAUGGCUUUGCAAUUAAGGUGAAGUCUAUUGAUGGCUUCCAAGGUGGGGAAGAGGAUAUAAUAAUAUUAUCAACAGUGAGAUCUAACUCGGCACUGUUUAUGGAUAUUGGGAAAUGAAAAGACCCUUACGGAUAGCCAUUCAAUUUGGGAAGGAUUAGUUCUAGACGCGAGGAAACGCCAAUGCUUCUUCUCUGCUGCCGAAAUUGAUGACUUGUGUAAUGCAGAUCGUAUCCUUGUCAAAAAUCAAGGGAAGAAGAAUACAAAUUCUGGAGGAGGUAAUAGCUCUUUCCGAGGAGAAGCAAGACGAGUUAGACAGAUCCCAAUCCGAUACACUAACCGAUAUGCCCCUUACCCAACUGCAAAGGCACACAACUCAGCUCGGAAUCGGACUCAAGAUAUGUUUGAGAUAGAGACGGGCACGAAGCUAUAUGUCUCCAAUCUAGGCAAUGGAGUCUCAGAAGAAGACAUUAAUAUACUUUUUUCAGAAUUUGGUGAUAUGAAAUGGUAUGCAAUCCAUUACGACAAGAAUGGCGGAGGAUCAAAGGGAACAGCAGAAGUUGUAUAUUCUCGCAGACAAGAUGCUUUAGCAGCUUUCAAAAGGUAUAACAAUGCAAAGCUUGAUGGGAAGCCAGUGAAGAUAGAGAUUGUCGGCACAAAUGCAGCAACUGGAAAUUCCAGUAGAGUCCUUCGUAGGCGGGAAGGAAGGAGACGGGGGCGUGGGAGAGGAAGAAGAGACAGUGGUGGUGGAAAGGUGGUUUCUGCUAUAGAGCUUGAUGCUGAUCUAGACAAGUACCAUUCAGAAGCAAUGCAGAUAGAUUGAUGUUGUGGAUUCAUUUGAGGGUAUUCUUGACAUUUCUCGCAUUCAGGACAAAUUAAUUUCCCUCUUUUUUGGUCAAGUUUAUGCCUCUCAAACUUGGCUUUUGCUGCAUUUGGAGUGUUAAUUUUUAAUGCUUACAUUGUGCAUGUAUUGAGUAAUGCAUAAACUUUGUGGUAGAUU